CGCAAUCAUCCCAGAUCCAUCACUCUGUUAACAUGCAGUAUUCUUCUUUCACUUUGGAAACUCUCAAAACAAAACGCAAAAUAGCCGAAACAAUUCUUCGCCGAUUCGUUUUUCUUAUUUUUUGUUUUCCUUCUCUUUAAAUCGCCAGAUCUGAGCUUGAAAUUCGUCUUUUGUUUCACGAAGAGGGAAAGAUCAUGAAACGACGUCGUUGAUUCUCUGCGCUUUUUAAUCGUGGAACCGAGGAUAAGGAUUGAAUUGUUAGGGUUUUGGUUGCGAUUUUCAUGGCGGAGACAGCGAUUCCUGCUGGAGUCCUUCGUAAUCUCGCCGAUAAGCUCUACGAGAAGCGCAAAAAUGCUGCCCUCGAGAUUGAAGGAAUAGUGAAGCAGUUGGCGAUGGCGGGCGAACACGAGAAGAUUACGGCGGUCAUCAAUUUGUUGACCACCGAGUUUACCUACUCUCCCCAAACGAACCACCGCAAGGGAGGAUUGAUAGGAUUAGCCGCUGCCACUGUUGGGUUGUCUUCUGAAGCAGCACAGCAUCUUGAGCAAAUAGUGCCUCCCGUGCUUAGUUCUUUCUCUGAUCAAGAUAGCAGAGUUCGUUACUAUGCAUGUGAAGCUCUGUAUAACAUUGCGAAGGUCGUAAGAGGAGAUUUCAUCAUAUUCUUCAAUCAGAUAUUUGAUGCAUUAUGUAAGCUUUCGGCAGAUUCAGAUGCCAAUGUGCAAAGUGCUGCACAUCUUUUGGAUCGCCUUGUAAAGGACAUUGUCACUGAAAGUGAUCAAUUCAGCAUUGAAGAAUUUAUACCCUUGUUAAGAGAGCGGAUGAAUGUUCUAAAUCCCUAUGUCCGACAGUUUUUGGUUGGAUGGAUCACUGUAUUGGACAGUGUUCCAGAUAUUGAUAUGUUGGGUUUUCUUCCUGAUUUUCUUGAUGGUUUGUUUAAUAUGUUAAGUGAUUCUAGUCAUGAAAUACGGCAACAAGCUGAUUCAGCCCUUUCAGAGUUUCUUCAAGAGAUUAAAAACUCCCCAUCUGUAGAUUAUGGUCGCAUGGCUGAAAUACUGGUUCAGAGGGCAUUUUCUGCAGAUGAGUUUACUCGGUUAACAGCCAUCACUUGGAUAAAUGAGUUUGUAAAACUUGGUGGGGACCAGCUAGUUCCCUACUAUGCUGAUAUUCUAGGAGCCAUUCUACCUUGUAUAUCUGACAAAGAAGAAAAAAUUCGAGUGGUUGCUCGUGAAACCAAUGAAGAGCUUCUUGCAAUUCAGGCUGAUCCAGCAGAAGGAUUUGAUGUUGGAGCAAUCCUCUCUAUUGCAAGGAGGCAACUAUCUAGCGAAUGGGAGGCUACUCGGAUUGAAGCAUUGCACUGGAUAUCAACCCUUUUGAAUAGACAUCGAGCUGAGGUCUUGUGUUUUCUGAAUGAAAUCUUUGACACCCUUUUAAAAGCACUGUCAGAUCCUUCUGAUGAGGUAGUGCUCCUGGAUAUUGAGGUUCAUGCAUGCAUUGCAAAAGAUCAACAGCAUUUUCGCCAUCUUGUUGUUUUCUUAGUUCAUAAUUUCCGGAUCGAUAAUUCUCUUCUGGAGAAGCGUGGUGCUUUGAUAAUCCGCCGACUUUGUGUACUUUUAGAUGCUAAGAGGGUAUACCUGGAAUUCUCUACUAUACUUGAGGGAGAAUCGGACCUGGAUUUUGCAUGUAUUAUGGUUCAGGCUUUAAAUUUGAUUUUACUUACAUCCUCAGAAUUAUCUGAGCUUCGAGAUCUCUUAAAAAUAUCACUGAUCAACCCUGCUGGGAAAGAAUUAUUUGUUUCUUUAUAUGCUUCAUGGUGUCAUUCACCUAUGGCAAUUAUAAGUCUUUGUCUAUUAGCUCAGACAUACCAGCAUGUCAGUACUGUCAUUCAGUCGCUAGUGGAGGAAGAUAUUAAUGUAAAAUUUUUGGUCCAGCUGGAUAAAUUGAUUCGUUUGCUGGAAACUCCUACCUUUGCUUAUCUUAGAUUGCAGCUUCUUGAACCUGGAAGAUAUAUGUGGUUAUUGAAAGCCUUGUACGGUCUUCUUAUGUUGCUUCCCCAGCAAAGUGCAGCCUUUAAGAUACUACGGACUCGUUUGAAGACUGUACCGUCAUAUUCUUUCAAUGGCGAGCAAUUCAAGUGGAUAUCUUCAGGAAAUCCUUACUCUCUGACAACUGGAUCACAAUUCACUGAAGAUGGUGACUUGAACUCAGACACGGAGACCUCACACAGUGGAAUUAACUUUACUUCAAGGCUGCAACAGUUUAAUCAAAUGCAGCACCAGCAUCGGAUGCAUGUGAAAGCAAAAGCGCAGUUGCGGAAUAAUUCUGCUUCAGUAUUGAAGGAGGUGCAAACACUGCAAGAACCACACCAAUUGUCUGACGCAAGUAAGCCUUCUUCAAGAUCAUCCAAGAAAGGUCCAGGGCAAUUGCAACUUUAGCCUCCAAAUGAUACCUGGUAUAAAUUGUAAAAUUGUAUAUCCUAGUAGUUUAUGUUAAUUGAAGAAGUUAUGGAAGGUUGGGAUGAUGAUGAUGAAGAAGAAGAUGAAAAUUGGGUUUUACAUCAAGUUAAAAGGCUUAGGUUUUAGCCUGAGCUAAUUCUUUUUCUUUUUUUCUAUGUAAUUGGAACAUGCCCAUGUGGUUGUGUUAUUUUUAUUAUGAACCAUAUGGGGCUGCAGGGAGAUAUAUAAUUUCAGAAAAUGCAGUUUGUCCUUUUUCUGUUUAUCUGUUUUACCUGCACAGCAAUCAAAUUAUACAAAUAAGCUAAAUUCAUGUACACAUCAUAGACCUUUUUGGUACAGUAUGCAUCUUUCUUUAUUCA